UCACGUUUAUUGAACAGUUCGUAAAGCUGACGUUGGGCCUAUAUAGGUUGGAACACACGCAUCCUAAUGUGUUUUUAAACAUUCAGCACGACAACUCUUGUUUGUGGAGACUUUCUCAUAUCUCCGAAAACUGAGCAGAUUUUGGUUUAUUACACGUAGUUGGAUCUGUGGAGAGAGAAGACGGAACCAUGUCAGACACUGUUGAAAAAGUCUCUGAUGACAUGGCCAACCUUCAGCUGGGGGAGGGAUCAGUCCAGGACGACUUUCCCAAUCUGAGUCAGCACAACAACCACAUGGCCAAGUUUUUAACUAUGGACAUGUACAACAAGCUGAGGGAGAAGUGUACCAGCAGUGGCUUCACCAUCGAUGAUGCCAUUCAGACAGGAGUGGAUAAUCCAGGUCACCCCUUUAUCAUGACUGUGGGCUGUGUGGCUGGCGAUGAGGAGUCGUACGAAGUCUUCAAAGACUUGAUGGACCUUGUAAUUCAGGAAAGACAUGGAGGGUACAGACCAUCGGACACCCACAAGACUGACCUUGACCCCGAAAACCUGAAGGGGGGCGAUGACCUCGACCCCAACUAUGUCCUGAGCUCCCGUGUGCGAACAGGCCGAAGCAUUCGCGGUUAUUGCCUGCCGCCACACUGCAGCCGGGGAGAGAGACGUGCUGUGGAGAGGAUCUCAGUUGAAGCCCUGGAUUCCCUAACUGGAGAACUGCAAGGGAAAUACUACGCCUUAAAGAACAUGACUGAGGAGGAGCAGCAGCAGCUGAUUGAUGACCACAUGCUGUUUGACAAGCCAGUCUCCCCUCUGCUGCUGGCCUCCGGGAUGGCCCGUGAUUGGCCUGACGGCAGAGGCAUCUGGCACAAUGAUGACAAGACAUUCCUGGUUUGGGUGAACGAAGAGGACCACCUACGAGUGAUCUCCAUGCAGAAAGGCGGCAACAUGAAGGAUGUGUUUACUCGCUUCUGCACCGGACUCAAAGAGAUGGAGUCCUUAUUCAAAGAAAAAGGGGAGGAAUUCAUGUGGAAUGAACACCUUGGCUACAUUCUGACUUGCCCAUCCAAUCUGGGCACUGGUCUGCGUGCCGGUGUGCAUGUAAAACUUCCAAACAUGAGCCAACACCCCGAGUUUGAGGAAGUUCUUAAGCGGCUGAGACUACAGAAACGUGGAACUGGCGGCGUGGACACUGAUGCUGUGGAUGGAGUCUUUGACAUCUCUAAUUCUGACAGACUGGGUUUCUCUGAGGUGGAGCUGGUGCAGAUGGUGAUUGAUGGGGUCAAGGUGUUGGUAGAGAUGGAGAAGAGACUGGAGAUACAAGAGCCCAUUGACAACCUCAUGCCUACUGUCCAGAUUGUCAAAAGUGAACCAGAGGAAAAGCCUCAGCCUGAGCGAAAGAGGCUGUCAGCUGAGGAGGAGUUCCCAGAUCUCAGUCAGCACAACAACUACAUGGCCAAGCACUUAACCCUAGAAAUGUACAAAAAACUGAGGGAGCGAACUACAUCCAAUGACUUCACCAUAGACGGUGUCAUUCAGACAGGCGUGGACAAUUCUGGUGAUCCUUUUAUCAUGACUGUGGGAUGUGUGGCUGGAGAUGAGGAGUCAUACGAAAUCUACAAAGACUUGAUGGAUCUUGUGAUUCAGGACAGACAUGAGGGUUACAAACCAACCGACAAGCACAAGACUGACCUCAACCCAGAAAAACUAAAGGGGGGUGAGGACCUCGACCCCAACUAUGUUCUAAGCUCCCGUGUCCGUACUGGCCGCAGCAUUCGUGGCUUCUGCCUUCCACCACAUUGUAGCCGAGGAGAGAGACGUGCUGUGGAGAAGCUCUCCGUUCAAGUGCUUGAGUCACUGACGGGAGACCUACAGGGGAAGUACUAUGCCUUAAAGGACAUGAUGGAAGCUGAACAGCAGCAGAUGAUUUAUGACCACUUCUUGUUUGAAAAGCCAGUGUCCCCUCUGCUACUGGCCUCAGGGAUGGCCCGUGACUGGCCUGAUGGCAGAGGCAUCUGGUAUAACGAAUACAAGACAUUCCUGGUGUGGGUAAACGAAAAGGACCAUCUGAGGGUGAUCUCAAUGCAGAAAGGAGGCAAUAUGAAGGAAGUGUUCACUCGCUUCUGUGACGGACUCGCAGAGAUGGAGUCCUUGUUCAAGAAGAAAGGUCACGUAUUUAUGUGGAACGAGCACCUUGGCUACAUCCCAACUUGUCCAUCCAACCUGGGAACCGGUCUGCGUGCUAGUGUUCAUGUGAAGUUGCCAAACAUGAGCAAGCACCCAGAGUUCGAUGAAGUUCUUCGGAGACUGAGGCUGCAGAAACGUGGAACCGGUGCAGGUGGCGGAGACACAGCUGUUGUGGAUGGAGUCUUUGACAUCUCCAACAUUGACAGACUGGGUUAUUCCGAGGUGAAACUAGUCCAGAUGGUGGUUGAUGGAAUCAGGGUGCUGGUAGAGAUGGAAAAGAGGCUGGCAAUGGACGAGGCCAUUGACGACCUCAUGCCCAGCAACAUUGAGCUGAAGGGACUGACGGCUAAGGACGAGUUUCCAGAUCUCAGUAAGCACAACAACCACAUGGCCAAAAUACUAACUUUGGACAUGUAUAAGAAGCUGAAAGAUCGUACGACCCCCAAUGGUUUCACCAUCGAUGAUGUCAUCCAGACAGGCGUGGAUAAUCCAGGUCAUCCCUUCAUCAUGACCGUUGGGUGCGUGGCUGGAGAUGAGGAGUCAUAUGAGGUCUUCAGAGAUUUGCUCGACCUUGUGAUUGAAGCCAGACAUCGAGGUUACAAAGCCAAAGACAAUCACAAGACUGAUCUCAAUCCAGACAAUCUUAAGGGGGGUGAUGAUUUGGACCCAGAAUAUGUUCUGAGCGCUCGGGUCCGAACGGGCCGCAGCAUCCGUGGUUUCUGCUUGCCGCCACUGUGUAGCCGUGGGGAGAGACGUGCUAUUGAGAAGCUUUCCGUUGAAGCCCUGGACACUCUAAGCGGAGACCUACAGGGAAAAUACUACGCCUUGAAGAACAUGACUGAGGAGGAGCAGCAGCAGCUGAUUGAUGACCAUUUGCUGUUUGACAAGCCAGUGUCCCCUCUGCUGCUGGCAUCGGGGAUGGCACGUGACUGGCCCGAUGGCAGAGGCAUGUGGCACAAUGAAGAUAAGUCAUUCUUAGUGUGGGUGAAUGAGGAAGAUCAUUUGCGAGUGAUCUCCAUGCAAAAAGACAGUAAUAUGAAGGAAGUCUUCACUCGUUUCUGCAAAGGACUUACAGAGAUUGAGUCCUCGAUUAAGCAGAAAGGUGAAGCCUUCAUGUGGAAUGAGCACCUUGGCUACAUCCUGACAUGUCCAUCCAACCUGGGCACUGGACUUCGUGCUGGUGUGCAUGUGAAGCUGCCACACAUGAGCAAGCAUCCUGAGUUUGAGGAGGUUCUUCGAAGGUUGAGGCUCCAGAAACGUGGAACUGGUGGCGUGGAUACAGAUGCCGUUGACGGGGUCUUUGACAUCUCCAACGCGGACAGGCUGGGUUUCUCUGAGGUGCAGCUGGUCCAGAUGGUGAUCGAUGGCAUCAAGCUGCUAGUGGAAAUGGAGAAAAGGCUCGAGAAGGAGGAGCCCAUUGAUGACCUCAUGCCAGCCGACCUUCAGCUCAAUGUGUUUACUGCAGAGGAAGAGUUCCCAGAUUUCAGUCAGCACAACAACCACAUUGCCAAGUUUUUAACCCUAGAAAUGUACAAGACGCUGAGGCAGCGUUGCACUCCCAACGGCUUCACCAUAGAUGAUGUUAUUCAGACAGGCGUGGAUAAUCCAGGUCACCCCUUUAUCAUGACUGUGGGCUGUGUGGCUGGAGAUGAGGAGUCCUACAAGGUCUUCAAAGACUUGAUGGACCUUGUGAUUCAGGACAGACAUGGAGGAUACAAACCAGGAGAUAUGCACAAAACUGACCUCAACCCAGAGCACCUGUGUGGAAAGGCGCGCUUGGGAGAAGCUUUUCAUUGGAGGUAAGGCUCCCAUAUGGAGACGGUAUAAACAUGGCUGCCAUUUAACAGUGGCAGUGGACAUAACAAAAUCUUCUUUGGUGCUUUUUUUUCAGCUCUAGAUACACUAACUGGGGACCUGCAAGGGAAAUAUUAUGCCUUGAAGAACAUGACUGAGCAAGAGCAGCAGGAGCUAAUCAAUGACCACUUCCUUUUUGACAAGCCAGUAUCCCCUCUGCUGGUUGCUUCAGGAAUGGCCCGCGACUGGCCCGAUGGCAGAGGCAUCUGGCAUAAUGACAACAAGACAUUCCUGGUGUGGGUGAACGAGGAAGACCAUCUGCGAGUAAUUUCCAUGGAGAAAGGUGGCAACAUGAAGGAUGUGUUCACUCGCUUUUGCACCGGACUCAAAGAGCUUGAGGCUGUGAUUAAGGAGAAAGGUGAGGCAUUCAUGUGGAACGAGCAUUUAGGCUACAUCCUGACUUGCCCAUCCAACCUGGGCACUGGUCUGCGUGCUGGUGUACAUGUCAAACUUCCAAACAUGAGCAAGCACCCUAAGUUUGAGGAGGUUCUCAAGAAACUGAGGCUCCAAAAACGUGGAACAGGUGGCGUGGACACAGCUGCCGUGGAUGGAAUCUUUGACAUCUCAAAUGCAGACAGACUCGGAUUCUCUGAGGUGCAGCUUGUCCAGAUUGUGGUCGAUGGUGUUAAAUUGCUGGUGGACAUGGAGAAAAAGCUGGAAAAGGGUGCCUCCAUCAACAACCUGAUGCCUGGUAAACUUAAGUUGAAGAAGCUUUCACCCGAGAAAGACUUUCCGGAUCUCACAAUGCACAACAACUACAUGGCCAAGUUCUUAACCCUGGACCUGUACAAAACGCUGAGCGAGCGGAAAACCCCUUACGGCUUCACCAUUGACCGCGUCAUCCAGGCGGGCGUGGAUAAUCCAGGAAACCCAUUCACAAUGAGUAUGGGCUGUGUGGCCGGUGAUGAGGAGUCCUAUGAGGUCUUCAAAGAACUGCUGGACCUUGUCAUUGAGGAUAAACACGGAGGUUAUAAACCAACAGACGUGCACAAGAGUGACUUCAACCCUGACAGCCUUGGGGGGGGUGACGACCUCGACCCCAACUAUGUUCUGAUUUCACGUGUCCGAGCGGGUCGCAACAUUCGCACCUUCUGCUUGCCGCCACAUUGCACUCGUGGGGAGAGGCGUUUUCUCGAGCAGCUCUUCAUCGAAGUUCUAGGGUCACUAUCUGGAGAACUGAAGGGUAGAUACUUGCCAUUGAAGAGCCUUUCAGAAGCUGAGCAGCAGCAGAUGAUUGAUGACCACUUGCUGUUUGAGAAGCCAGUGUGUCCUCUGCUUGUUGGCUCCGGGAUGGCCCGCGACUGGCCCGAUGGCAGAGGCGUGUGGCACAAUGAUGACAAUACAUUCUUGGUGUGGGUGAAUGAAGAGGAGCAUCUAAAAGUGAUCUCCAUCGAGAAAGGUGGCAACAUGAAGGCAGCGUUUACUCGGUUCUGCAGUGGAAUUCAAGAGGUCGAGUCUAAGCUGAACGAGAAAGAACUUGAAUUCAUGUGGAAUGACCAUUUGGGUUACAUCCUGACUUGCCCAUCCAACCUGGGCACCGGUCUGCGCGCUGGUGUGCAUGUGAAGUUGCCCAACCUGAGCAAACGCCCCGAGUUCGAGGAAGUUCUUAAAAGGCUGAGGCUUGAGAAACGAACUGGUGGGGUGGACACCGAGGCAGAUAGCGAAGUCUUGGACAUCUCCAACACUGACAGACUGGGCUUCACUGAGGUGCAGCUCGUGCAGGUGGUAGUUGAUGGCGUAAAGGUCUUGGUGGAGAUGGAGAAGAGGCUUGAGAUGGAAGAGGGUAUUGACGACCUGAUGCCCGUCCAAAAGUAGAACCACUCAUAACCCUCCUACACUCUCCAAUUACUUUUCUCUGCAGCAAAGCGUUGUGUGACCGUUUCGCGUUCUGAAACUGUUCUGUUCAGAUGACCCCGAAAUAAAGUAAUACAAUCUUUCACUCU